GCCAUCAGCUCUGAAGGAAGCAAUGACGCCUGGGGGACCUAGGAGACAAGAAGCGGGGGGAGAGAGGUUUAAAACCCACAGGAAACGCUUUCACGUCUCGGGUGCUGCCACUUCUAAGCCAAGAAGUAUUUAAAUGAACAGCAAGUGCAGGGUGCAUGCGUGCUUCCUUCCCGUCCCAUGCUCACCCUGAGCGACUGCCAUUCAUGCGAUCCCCGGAGCGCAGCAGCGCUUUGAAGCUAGCGCCGGAGGACGAGGCGGGCGCUGAGCCAGCAUGGGAUGCUGCAGCCUGAGCGCCAGGCACGCUGGUUCUGCAGGAGAAAGCCAGGAUGAGGUGGAGCUGUUGAAGACAGGCAGGACCAGAAAAUGGUCCAUUUCAGAUGGCCAGAGUGAGGGAUCCCUGCAUCCUAAGGACCCUACAGCUCCCACAAAGACAGAAGGGGCAGAAACACUGUCGGGAAGAACACAGGAGGAACUGCUGAACUUGUUGAUCACUCAGCCCAUCGCUGGCUGGGAAGGGAAGAACAUUCAUUCUCCUGGGGAGAUCGUUUGGUCCUCCUGGGUUUCUCUGAGAAGUUAUCACAUGGAGGAGAUGUCUGAAUGCUACCUUGUGCUGACCUCCUUCCACUUGCUGAUUCUUUCUGUGGAUCACACAAAUAAGGCGUUUGUUUAUGAGGGUCUCCUUCCUCUUGCUGGGAUGCGCCUGAGGGAAGUUGUGACUGCCAUCAGCUACACCUUUGAAAUUUCUGGGGCCAUGAUAGAGUCCCGGCUCAUUUGCUGCCAGAAUUCGGCUGACUUUGAGAAAUGGAUUCAGCACCUCCAGAACCAAAUCAAGAUGGCAAAUGCUAACUACUCGGCCAGUCCCGCCAGUAAUAUCUCUUUCCUGGUGCCGUGUGACAUGAAGUGGAAGAAAAGGGAGCUGAUGAGACAUCUCUUGUGUAACACCAUUCUGAAAUGGGAAGGAAAACCAAUUCAGCAUAUGGGAAGGAUUCAGUAUCUGACCACGGUGCAAGUGGCUACUGGCUGCAUGGGGGACUCUAAGGAAAGGCUGUUGGUCCUGUUCCCAGAAGACCUGCUUUUCCUCUCUGUGGAUGAAACGAAAACUACAAUCACAUAUGAGGGAAAACUCCCCUUGAAUGGAAUCCAGGCAAAGGAGAAAUCCACUGUGCUGGGAAGGUUACAGCUUGAAAUUACAGGAAGCCUGACAGAACCAAUCCUUAUCAAUUGUUCCACAGCAGAAGAUUACGAAAAAUUACUCUUCCACCUACAGAAGCCAGAGAAAAACCUUGAUACUGUGACACUCCAGCCACCACCGAUCAUCCCUAAGAAAUCCUGGCAAUAUCAUUAGGACGUCAGCAUGCACUGACAAGAGGGUACGUGAAUAUGAGCCCAACAGAAAGUGAAGAGGCUGCAAAAAUGAAAAAGAAUGGAUUAGAAAUUGGAAACCAAGCUUCUUUCAGACUGAGAGGUGAAUAAGGACCUGCACAUGAAUUACCUGCACUGGCUGCUGUUUUGAAUGAGCCAUUGCAAUUGAUGUACGACUAUGUGAUUCUGACCUCAGCUGUACAUAUGCCUCAAUGAGAAAUCUUCCUCAAUUUGCUUGCUAUAUUUAUUGCCUGAUCCUUUUCAGAAAAAAAAGAAACAUUGUAAAAUACUCUGUAAAUAAUACAAAUAAACCCAUUAACCUGUGCUUAAACCA